AGAGGAGGAGAUGCAUGUUUGAGAAGCCCUCUCCUCCUCUGUGUUGCUUAUAGACGAUCUGGUACACUAUGUAGAGAUCCUGAAUGAUCUUUUGUGGACAGCCUUGUUGCUGCGGUGGAUGCAAGUUCAGAAAUCCUGUAAGCUCCUGGGGUCUGAGACUUCCCGUGUUAUGUGCUACUGGUACAUUAUGUGGAACCAGGAAUAUGACUUCGCUCAGGGUGUCUUAUACGGAGUAUCCAGUAUUUCAGGAUUUGCACAUUCUCUGUUCUGCCACGUUCUAGGAGUGGUCUCAGGGUGUGUUUCAGACAGUGGGCUUGAGGACGGUCCGUUUCAUCUAGACACAGAUAAUCCCGAACACCUAGAAGCCGUAAUCCGUUCUAACCCAGAGUCAGUUUAUAUGUCAACAAGCCAACAAGCCAACAUGACCUCCUGUCGAAAUUACACGUGUAUCCUCGCUCAAAAAAAACCCCAUUAUUAACCUCGAUUCACAGAGGGGAAACGUUCCUCAUAAGAGACUGGAUCAUAUUUUUUUUUUUUUUUUACCAUGUUACCGUCUCUGUUUCUAGUCCGGUGAUCAUUUUGUGAAUAUAAUUGAUUGUUUACCUGUGUGAUGUCUGUUGCGUUAUAAAAUUCAUACAGUAUCAUUUUAAAGGGCCUCUUCCUUUUUUUUUUUUAACAACUGACGUGUACGUUGAUUGUUGGCCAGCCUCAAGUUAACCUCUUCCAUCAAUCAAGUUACACCUAGUGAGUUGUGAGAAACGCU